AUGAGUGACUUGGGAUUUGACCCCAGCUUGAAAAAGAAAAAGAAGUCGAAGAAGACCGACGACGACGCCGCCGCGGCCGCGUCCUCCACGCCCGCACCCGCCGACAUGGACGACAUGUUUGCCGGCUUGAAAAAGAAGAAAAAGGCCAAGAAAUCUGCCGACGGCGUCGACGAGUCUGCUGCCGACGGCUCCGCGCUAUCCGUGGACGAAAUUAGCGAGUCGCUAGGCGACUUGGGGUUGAAGAAAAAGAAAAAGAAGUCCGCCAAACUGGCCACUGCUUCGGAAUUCGACCAUGCUUUGGAGGAGGCCGGGCUCGACGAAACCGCGGGCACCGUGUCUGUGGAGACCGAGGAGACGCUGGCGCAGGCCAAGUUGGGCCUCCCAUACGGGGACCUCUUGCUGCGUUUCUUCACGAUUUUGAAGCAGAACAACCCGGAGUUGGCCGGCGACAGGAGCGGGCCCAAGUUCAAGAUCCCGCCACCAGUGUGCCAGAGAGAGGGCUCCAAGAAGACGCUUUUCGCCAACGUGCAGGACAUCGCCACUGUGUUGCAGCGGAACCCGGAGCACUUGAUCCAGUUUUUGUUUGCCGAGUUGGGUACCUCCGGGUCCAUUGACGGAGAGAAGCGCUUGGUGUUGAAGGGUAAGUUCCAGCCCAAGCAGAUGGAGUCUGUGUUGAGAAGAUACAUCAUCGAGUACGUCACGUGCAAGACCUGCAAGUCCAUGAACACCGAGUUGAAGAGGGAGUCCGCCAACAGAUUGCAUUUCUUGAGCUGUAAGGCGUGCUGCUCCACCAGAUCCGUGUCCAGCAUCAAGACGGGUUUCCAGGCCCAAAUCGGAAGGAGAAAGCGCGUGUAA